AUGACGCCGUCCCGGAGGCCAUGGUGCAACGAUGGUCUCGCCCGCCCCUCUCAUGCCGCUUUUGUCGAGCGAAGAAGCUGCGGCCAGGGUCCAUCGGAUACUUCGGACGAACUGCGGGGAGCUCAUCUAUCUGGCAAUCAGCCCACUGCUGCGACGGUCUCCACACAACAGCCAGCACCAACUAUACCAUCCACUUAUAGCCAGACCACAAUCGCUUUACAUCCGAAUGACAUAUCAAGCCGGGUCACCAGGCUAGAAGAGGCUGUUUUUGACCGAAUCCAUGUGCCCCGGGAUCCGCCUAGUAUUGCUACUGCUACCCAAGGCAGCAACAACACGAACCAGAGCUUGAUCACACGUGGCGCACAGGGCUCGAGCAAUGGAUGUGUCACUCCGCUUACAUUAUUACCCCUAGCUUCAGCACAAAGACGCAUUGCUGAUCUUCAUGACUACAUGCGAAAUACGAACAGUUUAUCCAGGUGUCUUCCCCCUUGGACUCAGGCUCGCCAACUAUUAGAUCACUUCAACGUAGUCAUCCAGCCGACAUUCGGAGUCUUCCACAUCCCAUCCACAAGAGAUUUACUGGAAGAAACAUACAGGGGUAUACUCGAGGGCGAGGAGCCAAGCCCCACGGUCUUGGUACUGUUUUUCAGUAUCUUCGCUGGGGCUGUGCUGGUUGCAACUCCCGAACUUCUGCAAUUGCUCAACGCAACACAAGCGGAAGCCAAAGCAGCCUUCACUGCAUAUGUGCGUUUAGCUAUCUGCAUAUUAGACAAUCCAAUUCAAUCAGUGCCGCCAUCAACAAUUGCUCUCGAAGCCAUCAGUGCCUUGGCCCGCGUUCUCUUCCAUGCGGAUUGGUAUUCCCACAAAGCCCAAGCACUCAGAGUCGACGCGAUAUGCAUGGCUCGAUCGAUGCAAAUCCAUCGGCUAGACACAGUUCAAAGGCGAGAGGAAAGGAAACGUUCAGGAUACAAUGCCAUCGAGGUCGAAGUACAGCGACGAGCAUGGUGGCACCUAGUCUCCUCGGACUGGAUCAGCGCAUUUUCGCAAAGCCCACAAGAAGGCACAUACCUCAUCCACCCAAAACACAUGAAAGUAAACCAUCCAAGCAACAUCGACGACGAGUUCUUAACGCCCACAGGACCAGAGCACAGCUUUCCCCUAUCAGUCCCCACCUCCAUGUCAGUAUUCAUCUUCAGAAUCCACUACGCAGAACUAUGCCGCGAAAUCAUCGACACCCUGGGCACCACACUCCUCGAAUCCGACCAACCUGACUACGAGACCCUACUCGAAAUCGACGGCAAAUUCCACACCUUCAUCCAAUCCCUACCAUUAUUCCUCCGAAACGACCCCGCCAGCAUCCAAAAAAGCCAAGACAUAACCCAACAGCGACCCUACCUAGCCUGGCAACGAACUGUCGCCCAUCUAAGCUUUCACGUCCGCCUCUGCCGCCUCCACCGCCCCUACCACCGAGAAGGCCUAACGAACCCCAAAUUCGCCUACUCUCGACUAACCUGCAUUCGCUCCGCCCAAACUGUCCUCGACCUCCGCCACUCCCUAGAAGACACAGGCGUUCUCUCCGGCUUCAAUCCCUCAGAUUAUAGCCUUGUCAUGAACCAUGUUUUCUUCGCCGCCAUGGUCCUAGCCACGGACGUCUCCAUGAACCCAACUGCUCCGGGCGCAGAUACCCGCAAGCAGGAAGUGUUAGAUGUUAUCCAUGUGCUGGAGAAAUCGCAGAAUGUGUCGGCGUCGCUCAUGGAAGCGAUUCGGAAGAAUACGCAGACGUUGUUGUCCAUUCUUCAGGACGCUCAGAGGGAAUUGCAACAACAGGGAAGGUCACCUAAAGAAAAUGAUAUUGGUUCUGUGCCGUCUGGAUCGGGUGGGACGAAGUCAAGCGCUGCUCCAUCACAGCCACGGUCUGUUGGGGUAGAUGAGAACAUGACAAAUGUGGCCAGCGGGCAUCUUCCUUUCACGGCUAGCAUGCAUGGCUCGAGUCAUGAAGAUGAGGACCCAAUGUGGAGCGGAGCAAGAAGGAAUAGCUGGGGUCAGCUGUGGUCUGAUCUCUUCAAUGUGGCGCCGGAAAUGGAUGCGCUGCAAUGGGAUCUGUUGUUGAAUGAUUCUGACUUGCCACUUCAGUCGAACUUCUAUUGA